GCCGUCCCACAAUUCCAAGCAUUAAUUGGGAAUGCUCGCUCUACGGUGCUCAUGUUGUGUGUCCUGUCAAUGGAGAAGAUCAAGGGGCGCAGGGACGCUGAGGAUGGAGUGCAUGAAAUGACCAAUACUGCAUAUUGUAACUUCAAACCGAUGGUAUCCGAGUCAUUCGAUUAUCUCUACCAAAGAAUUCCAGAUUGCAUUGGAAAUGUCUGAGAAACCUAGAGCCCAGUAUGAGGAAGACGACCAGGCCAGUGGCCGGCGUAUCCAAAGCCACAGCAGCAGGCACUAAGGCCCAGACUGGGGAGAGAGUCAAGCCUGAGGGCGCCACCAUGGGCACAGCCGGCAAGAAUACGGCCAAGACCUCCGCUACCGCACCACUCUCUAAGGCGAAGAGCAGCGAUGACUUGCCAUCAGCAACAACAGUAGGCAGUGGGAUCAGCACUGUUGCUAAGGCCAAGAAGACUAGCUUUGCCCACUCUUCAACCUCUUCCACUACAGGUACCAGCAACCCAGAGGGCAAGACAAAGACCAGCUCAGGAAAGCGUGGGACCUCCUCUGUGGUGAAGGAGCCCGGUUCAUCCCGGGAGGGCCUGCGAGAACGCUCCAGAACUGGCACCGCCAGCAGGAAGCUCUCCGGACCCUCGGAUGCCUUGGCACCGCCCAAGAGAGUCCGCAGCCGGGCCAUGACUGAGUCCGAGUCCCGUAUGAGCAAGUCCAGGUCGGACGGGCAGCUCAGCAAUAAGACGGUCCUGGAGAGCAGGGUGAAGGACCUGCUGGGCCUGGCCAAGAGCAAAGACGUGGAGAUCCUCCAACUGCGCACUGAGCUGCGGGCCAUCCGUGUCCAGCUAGGCCUGCCUGAGGAGGAUGGGGGGAGCAGAGAGAGGGCUGAGGGAGAGGAGACUGCUGAGGCUGAGCCCCCACAGGAACAGGAGAAAGAACCCCUUACUCCGUUCAUCCCUACAGACGUUGAGUCCACCCUGCUCUUGCUGCAGGACCAGAACCAGGGGAUCCGCGGGGAACUGAACAUGCUAAAGAGUGAGAACCGAAUGCUGAAGGACCGCCUCAAUGCCCUGGGUUUCUCCCUGGAGCAGAGGCUGGACUGCCCCCUCAAAGCCCCGCGAGGCUCCUGCCUCAGCCCAGAGCUUCCCCCAGCCAGCGGUGGCAGAGAUGGAGUGUUCCAACGGGCCUUUUUACUACAUGGGGUCUCCCCACACGGCUCUGCCCGCGGCUCCAAUGAAGACCUUCUGGACCCCCGGCGAGCCAUCUCCCCUGAGGCAGCCGACAGCGAGUGCAGCGAAGCCUACCAGCCAAUCACCUCCAGCGAAGACGCCCUGGAUGCCCCCUCUGGUUCUGCCUCUGCCUGCUGCUCCUCCUCUGAGUCAGAGGGCGGGCCACCGAGUCACGGUGAGCGCUCCCGUAGAGGCAGCAGUGGCAACACCAGCGAGGUGUCGGUGGCCUGUCUAACUGAGCGCAUUCACCAGAUGGAGGAGAACCAGCACUGCACUUCUGAGGAGCUCCAGGCUACACUACAGGAGCUGGCUGACCUGCAGCAGAUCACCCAGGAACUAAGCACAGAGAACGAGCGGCUGGGCGAAGAGCGGGUCAUCCUGGUGGACUCCUUGUGCCAGCAAGGUGACCGGCUGGAGUUGUACGGCCAGCAGAUGGACUACUUCCGGGGCCUGCUGGACGAGCACCGCGUGGCCUAUGCCCUGGUCGACGAGGAGGACACUAAGAGCAGCCGCUAUCUGGAGCUGGAGCGCCGCUACAUGGACCUGACUGAUGGGACCCACUUCGAGAGGGAGCAGCUGCUGGGGUGCAGCAGCACUGAGCGGGCGCUGAAAAUGACCGAGCAGGACAACGCAGAAGCCCAGGGCCUGAUAUCAGCGCUUAAGGAGAGGGUGCACGUGGCUGAGCGGCAGGCUGAGAUGGAGCGCAGGGAUAGGGCAGUGGCGGCCAUAGAGCUGGAGGUCCUGAGGGAGGCGGCCGGAGGGGAACAGGCGGAGUUGGCUCGAUGCAGGGCCCAGCUGGAGCAGGAGAGACAGAGGGUGGCUGAGCUCUACUCCAUCCACAAUGCCGGGGACAAGAUGGACAUCUGCCACCAGCUGGAAAGCGAAAGGAGGGACAAGGAGAGGGCAGAGGCAGAGUCUGCUCAGCUGCAUGAGGAGCUGGACCACACCCGCAACGAGGCCGCAAGGCUGGAGGACGGUAUCAGCAAGCUGGAGGAGAACUUCCGUGCAUUUCGUGAUGAGGUACAGAAGCAGCUAGCAGAGCAGAAGCGGACCCUGGCCCAUCAGUGUUCUGAGCUGGAGGAGAGGGACACUGAGGUCUCAGACAUGAAGGAGACCAUCUUUGAGCUGGAGGACGAAGUGGAGCAACACCGAGCCGUAAAACUCCACGACAACCUCGUGAUCACAGACCUGGAGAACUCUGUCAAAAAACUGCAGGACCAAAAACAUGACAUGGAGCGUGAGAUCAAGAUGCUGCAUCGAAAGCUACGGGAGGAGUCUAUGGAGUGGCGUCAGUUCCAGGCCGACCUGCAGACGGCGGUGGUCAUUGCUAACGACAUCAAGUCUGAGGCUCAGGAGGAGAUUGGGGAUCUGCGGCGCCGCCUACUGGACACACAGGAGAAGCAUGAGAAGAUGAGCAAAGAGCUGGAGGAGAUCAAGAAGCAGGAUGAGGAGAGGGGCAGGGUGUAUAACUACAUGAAUGCUGUUGAGAGGGACCUAGCUGCCCUGAGGCAGGGCAUGGGUCUCAGCCGACGCUCUUCUACCUCCUCUGAGCCCUCUCCCACCGUCAAGACCCUUAUCAAGAGCUUUGACAACGCCUCCACUGCAGGCCUUGUCCCAACCUCCACAGCAGCCGUGCCAGCACUUACCACAACGAUUGCCCGUACACCCCUCAGCCCCAGCCCUCUGAAAACCCCACCCGCUGCUGCUAUCUCUCCCAUACAGAGGCACACGGCAUCGACCCCCAAACCCCCGUCCUCCAUGGUGGAUAAGAGGUCCAGUUACACAGACCUCACUAUGCCAGCAGAUCACCUGCUACGGGCCUCGCCUGGGACCCCCUCUUCCCUCCAGAGGGUCCCCAACAUGGACUCCAAGUCCCUAUCAGUGUCACGAAGGUGCAGUGAGGAGCUGAAGAGGGACAUGUCUGCCUCAGAGAACACUACCUCAGCCUCCCUCAUCACCUCCUCCCCCCAGCUCUCCUCCCUUUCCGCCGCCGCCUCCUCCUCCCCCACCGCCUCAGUCACCCCCUCCACAAGGGGACGCUUACGGGAGGAGAGAAAAUACGCCCUGUCUGCACUGGCCAGGGAGUACGGGGGAUCCAAGAGGAACGCCCUGCUUAAGUGGUGCCAGAAGAAGACUGAAGGAUACCUGAACAUUGAUAUCACCAACUUCAGCAGCAGCUGGAACGACGGGCUGGCCUUCUGUGCUGUUCUCCACACCUACCUGCCUGCCCACAUCCCCUACCUGGAGCUCUCCAGCCAGGACAAGAAGCGAAAUUUCACACUGGCUUUCCAGGCCGCUGAAAGUGUCGGGAUCAAGUCCUCAUUGGACAUUGGAGAGAUGGUGCACACAGAGAGGCCUGACUGGCAGAGUGUGAUGACCUACGUCACUGCCAUCUACAAGUACUUUGAGACGUGACCCAUCUUCAAGCCUGAACACCUCGCUUGCCCACACGCACGCGUCCAGCCAGGGCUGUCAUCGCAACACUGGACAACCUUAGAGCAACAUCAGCCAAUGCUACCUGCGAAUAUGUCUGGGACCCUGAGUUCUACCUUAAGCUGCAUCACUUAACUUCACCAAUAUAUUCCAUGUUUACACUGCAAUGUUCUACAAACUCUUGGCUUGGGAUGCUCAUGUGGCUUCUCAGUUUGAUUGAAUUCGUCAGACUAGGCUGUGGAUAGACUGAGGCCAUGGGUUGAACUGUCCUUCAACUUUCCCUGGGUCAGUGACUUCCUGUAUACUCAAGUCUUCUGGCCUCUUGACCCCAGUCCUAUGUGAACUCUGUGCUGUCUGCAGUAGCCUACACCAUCAUUACCUCCAACUUUACACUGUAGUUCAUGUUUAGCUAGCUGAAACAAUGUGUAUGGUUUUGGAUUUGGAAUACUGCGGAGAACAGGAUUGCCUUUUUAAAAUGCCUUUGGCUUUGUCCAUUUUGUCUCUUCGCUCAAUGACUUGAGGUUAAGUGUGAUUUACCUGACUGACAGAGGGUCCAGCUUAACUGUAGCUGUUCUAACAAGGCUGUUUUAGCCCAAUGCUUUGCUGUGAUAUUUAUUCCAAAGAGAUAAUAACUUCAUACGAAUCAAUGCCAUGUUUGUCUCUUGUUUUUGCCAAUUAUGACAAUGAGCAUUGACCCAUUAGGGAUAUUAAUAAUACAUAGUGCUUUUUGAAGGACCCAAAGUCAGAGUUCAAUCGCAUUGACGUCUUUUACGCCAGUUAUUAUUUGUCUCAGUCCGUUGUGUCCAAACUCUGUAAGCGUGAUGGUUGACCACCACGGCCAGUCUCUGGUUUUACAGUGAGGUCCCUGUUGCACACCCAUCCAUAAUGGUUGUACAGUGAGGUCCCUGUUGCACACCCAUCCAUAAUGGUUGUACAGUGAGGUCCCUGUUGCACACCCAUCCAUAAUGGUUGUACAGUGAGGUCCCUGUUGCACACCCAUCCAUAAUGGUUGUACAGUGAGGUCCCUGUAGCACACCCAUCCAUAAUGGUUGUACAGUGAGGUCCCUGUAGCACACCAAUCCAUAAUGGUUGUACAGUGAGGUCCCUGUAGCACACCCAUCCAUAAUGGUUGUACAGUGAGGUCCCUGUAGCACACCCAUCCAUAAUGGUUGUACAGUGAGGUCCCUGUAGCACACCCAUCCAUAAUGGUUGUACAGUGAGGUCCCUGUAGCACACCCAUCCAUAAUGGUUGUACAGUGAGGUCCCUGUAGCACACCCAUCCAUAAUGGUUGUACAGUGAGGUCCCUGUAGCACACCCAUCCAUAAUGGUUGUACAGUGAGGUCCCUGUUGCACACCCAUCCAUAAUGGUUGUACAGUGAGGUCCCUGUAGCACACCCAUCCAUAAUGGUUGUACAGUGAGGUCCCUGUAGCACACCCAUCCAUAAUGGUUGUACAGUGAGGUCCCUGUUGCACACCCAUCCAUAAAUAGGCUGAACAACACAGGGAGCUGACCUGAUAAACUAACAGUUUAGGCAUUAAGGUAAAAGCACCACUUACUGUUCAGCAAAUCCUCCCUGGUUUCAAAGCACAACAAGGGGAUGUGAGGCUCUUUACUUAAAUGGAAUGUGUUUAAACCUUCAUCGAUGCCAUAGAAACCACCAUGUUUCAAAACCGUUGGGUGUACUACACACAGUAAAGUCCCUUCCUCCAGCACAGGGAAAUCAUAUUAGCUAUGCAUGUUCCCACACAUGGGAAAAGCUUACAAUCCUCAUUUGCUUUGAAAUAGUUAAAUAAGUAUGUAUGAGAACUUAUGAGUUGUGUUUUUGGUACAUUGGAAUAUUCUCCUUAUACUGAGAUACCAUGUGAAUAUUUCAUAACAUUUUGUUGCUCAUAAAGGCAUCUGAUAAGGUUUCCACAGCUAAGAUGAGCUACAGUCAUUUAAAUGGUACUAGUCAUUGCCAGGAAUCAAGGCUAAUAGACAGUGUAUAAAACAUUAGGAACACCUUCCCUCGGAAUAGCCUCAAUUCGUCAGGGCAUGGACUCUACAAGAUUGGCUUGUAGAGUCCAUGUUGGCUCCAAUGCUUUCCACAGUUGUGUCAAGUUGGCUGGAUGUCCUUGGGGUUGUGGACCAUUCUUGAUACACAAGGGAAACUGUUGAGCAUGAAAAAUCCAGCAGCGUUGCAGUUCUUGACACAAAACAGUGUGCCUGGCAGCUAGUACCAUACCCUGUUCAAAGUCAGUCAAAUAUUUUGUCUCGUCCAUUCACCCUCUGAAUGGCACAUACACAAUCCAUGUCUUAAUUGUGUCAAGGCUUAAAAAUCUUUUAACCUGUCUCCUCCCCUUCAUCUACACUGAUUUAAGUGGAUUUAACAGGUGACAUCAAUAGGGGAUCAUAGACUGACCAGGUGGAUCCAGGGGAAAGCUAUGUCAUGGAAAGAGCAGUUGUUCUUAAUGUUUUGUAUUCUCACUGUAAAGUAAACGUUCCAGUUAGGGUAACUUGGUGUAACACGCACUCUGCCUGUACAUCUCACAGGAACCACUUCAUGUCACAAUUUUUCCCCAACACUUUCCCUGGUUGUCACUGUUUCUCAACAAAAAAAGUUAUAUUGGUCUCAUCACAAAAUGAUUUUGAGGUAGGGUGACGUUUUACUCCCCAAGUUACCCUACAAUUGAUCUGUUACAUUUUGUCUCACACACCCCUAUGUACUCAUGGCAAAGUGGUGUAACUCCUUACACGAACACUAUGGUCAUGAUUUUGUUAGGACACUGGUCAUGUUUUGGUUAAGUUGGUGUUUGGUUUCUACAGUUCCUGGUUUGCACCUUGUCAUAUGUUAUCUGAUGAAAUGGACUCGCUCAUAAAUGAGAAUUGGGCUACAUUAUAAAGGUCACUGAUGUCUCGCUGUAAUAUAAAUUGGAUCAAAAGUAGACUGAGCAUAGCUAGAGCUUGUUAUGUACUGUAUGGGAACACUUCUCAAAGUAAAGAGUUGUCAGUCCGUCCUAGCUAACAGUAGGCAGGAUGCCAAUGUAUUCUUAUUUCCUUCUCCCCUCCUUUUAUAGCUCCACUGUUUAGUCAAUGAUUUAAAGACAUGCUCUGGUACUUCGGUGACUAAUAAGUUGUUUUUUUUAAACCUCCCGCUUUGGGCUGGAUGUGUCAAUGUGUAGUUCAUACAUAAUCUAUGAGCUGAAUUACUCUCUUACCUCAAUUAACCACGAAAUCCGUCGUUUGAAAGUGACUGUUUUCUAGAAGCUGUGCUGUUAUUUUUUUUUUUCCUGCAUUUCCUCCCACGUGGGCCAGCACCCUAGCAAUUCAGGUUCCAGCCAAUGAGAUUCAGCCCCUUGCCAUUUUAAAUGACAGCUAGCAAGAAUCACACAGAGCGAGAACGAGAGAAAUUACGUGGUGCACAAUCUGCCGAUGUGAUGCAGUAAGCAAUUUUCGGGGACCACUUUUGGCUCGUGGGUGCUACUUUUAGAACUACUGGCUAAAAAGUACCCGGAGAAUCCCUUUUAAGGUACCUGGGCUCAUUUGACCAUGGUUGAGCCUCCAACUACUCAUGUAUCAGAGGACCAUUGAGUUAAAAGCAUUCCGAAGUACAAACUGGGUUGACUUAACAGUUGAACUUAAAGUCCUCAAUGUAAAGUUAACAUUACAUGGCCGUUUAACUUAUUAUGAAAUUAUAAAACGAUUUUACUUUUUUUGAAUGAGGUGAAAAGCAUAUUUAAAGAAAAUGUCAAUUUUUUUUAUUCACUUUUGUGUGCGUUUGUGUGCAACCUUAUAUCUUGACACAAUACAAAUGACUGCAGUUGAAUUCACUGAAUAACUUCAAUAAUAUUUUCUUAUUGUUCUUUUUUAGACAUCUGUAGUGCAAUGCACCUUAUCAGUAAUCUAUUAUUGAUUCAGUUUUUUAAAUGCUAAUAAACUGUCACACUGAAAGUUA